GAGGUAACAACUGGCAGUGCAGCUUUCAGGUGUUGCACCAAAUUUCUGCUCAGCUGUUUUUGUGGAGUCUUGUUAAGGGUUAUGGUAACGUUAUGGUUAUUAUCAUAUCAAGUGGUUAUUAUUAUUAUAUAAUUAUAUCAAGUCAUUUACCAGGGUCACUGAAACCUAAAGCCAUUUUUCAGGAGAUAUAAUAUAAUCAUACCUAUCAAAAAUUGAUAAAGUGUCCCUAAAAACCAAACAAGUGUUGGGGCAAAUAUCUGGGGAUUAAAACUCUGGCUUGACAACAGGGUCGUAGGUCACUGCGAGAAAGGGCAACUAUGGUCAGUUAUGAAAUGAGAAAAUGAGAUCAUGAAUCUAAACGCAUCAGUCUUCCAUCAUACUAUUUAGACUGAGACAAGGCCGCUAUUUUGUAGCCUAAGUGUAGGUGGGUCGGUUCUCACGCAAAUUAGCUUUUGGUAGUUGAAAAGCUAAUUUGUGAGAGAACCGACCCACCUAGUUUUAGGCUAAUUAAUGCGCUAAAAACAGGUUCAACAACUUGCAGACACUUUUUAGAAGACCCAGCUUGUGUGGAGGCACCGAAGGUUUUACAAAUCUGAGACAGUUUGUUAGAAGACCCAGCUUGUGUGGAGGCACCGAGGGUUUUACAGAAGACCCAGCUUGUGUGGAGGCACCGAGGGUUUUACAGAAGACCCAGCUUGUGUGGAGGCACCGAGGGUUUUACAGAUCUGAGGCAGAUUUUCCUCUCAACAAAAACAUGGGAGGAGUAUGGAGCGACACUUUUGGUUUUGUGAAGGGGUUGGUGUAUGGGCCUCACAUGAUGAAGCCGAAAGGUGAGCACCCCUCUGCGUUCCGUAUGAACAACGGCGUGCCCGCGGUAGUACUGCUGACCCGAGACACCAUCCAGUACGCCUUCAACCCGGAGACGUACGAAAAGGAUCCAUACUCCUUUGGGCCGGGCGGCGUAAGCAAGGACGUGGUCAGGGGACACUGUCCGUCAAUGUUUUCCAACGAUGAAGACCAUCGUCGGAAGAAGGCUCUCCUCAUCGACGUCUACAAGCGGGGUCAGAAGACUCUUCCAUCUGUUUUCUUUAGCCAAAUAAAGGAGCACCUCGAGGAGUGGUCACGACUGGAGGACGUCCCGGACUUUGAAGAGAGGGUUUUCCACAUCAUGUCUGAGACGCUGACUGAGGCCUUGUUCGGGAGGAAAAUCGACGGAGAACUGUGCUUCACUUGGCUGAACGGACUUCUGACUGACUUCAAGACCUGGAUCCCCAUUCCCUCCAUGUCAAGGAAACGCAGGCUGGCAAUAGAGGCCCUCCCCGCACUUCUGAAAGCCAUCAAAGAAGCGCCAAAGUACCAAGAGCUUGUCCAACUUUGUCACACCCACGGUGUAGAGGUAGAGGAAGGUAUCUUCACCAUCCUAUACGGCACUCUGUUCAAUGGUUGCGCCGCCCAGUGCGCCGCCAUCGUCUCGUCUGUCGCUCGCCUGCACACCCUCAGCGACACAGAGAAAAACGACAUCAUCCAAACGACCCUCCAAGUCCUGGAGAAACAUGGAGGCGUCUCGGAGGAAAGUCUCGGUGAAAUGAAGACCCUUGAGAGCUUCAUACUGGAGGUCCUGCGGCUCCAUCCACCAGUUUUCAACUUCUGGUGUCUGGCAAGAAAAGAUCUUGUCAUUUCGCCAGAAAAGGAAAACAUCAAGGUCUGCAAGGGGGAGCGAAUGGUUGGAUGUUGCUUCUGGGCUCAGCGUGACGAAUCUGUGUUCCCGGAUCCGGACCGUUUCCGGUGGAAUCGCUUUCUUGAUGAAGACAAGCAAGGAGGACAGAAGAAGCAUCUUUUCUUCCCUCGCGGAAGUUGGACGGAGGCCCCUGACCUCGACAGCCACCAGUGUCCCGGCCAGGACAUCGGCUUCUUCAUGAUGAAAGCGCUCCUAGCGGUUCUCCUGGGGUACUGCAGCUGGGAGCUGACGGCCGCCCCCAUGUGGUCGGAUAAGACCAUCCGGGUGGGCAACCCUGACGAUCCCGUGCGUCUCGCACGGUUUAACUUCCGCUCAGAACAGGCGGGGCGUGCGCUGGGGAUAAGGCCCGACAACAUCGCGCCUAAUGCGAUAUGAGUUGACGAUCGACGUUUCUCUCAAACACAUGUGGUACGCAUAUCAUAUGCAUCUCAAUGGUUUGGGGAGAAGUCAUACAAGCGUAUUUUUUGGGGGGUCAUAUGUCACAAUAGAGAUCACGAUCCAGCAGAAUUGUCGUAGUAGAACAGGCAUGAUGAUUAAAAAUCUGGCAUUCUACAGAUAGAUGAGAUAGAGGGAAAUAUUAGUAAUGUUUAUUAAGGUGAUAGGGUAAUAAGCGGUUGACAUUGGUCAUUUUUUUAGCGUAUCUAACCCAGAACACACUGGAUCAUAUGAUUACAAAGAUAUUGUCUCAGGUAAUUUUUUUUAAAAUAAGUGGGAUUUUAUUAAGGUUAAACAUUUAGUGAAUAUCCGGUGAAGGGAUCGUGUUAUGUGUGUACUACUAUAAGUUAAAUAGUUGCCAUGAAGUUUGCUUAAGUCCUUUCUUUCAUCUCAUUUGUCUCAAAAAAUAGUUCUUUCUUUCUUACAGUGUAACAUAUUAUUUCAUGUAACAUAAAUCUUUACCUUCCAACAUGGUUGUUAUAGGUCUGUAUCAUCGGUUCAUGUAAUCUAACUUUUGGUAUUUUCAAUAAAGGUGCACAAAAAAGAA